CUGUGCCACCUCCCACUUCCCCUCCCAGGGUCUCUAGUUCCCAUCAUGGCUGCCGCCGCCGCUCUGGAGGCGGUGGCGCCUACGGGCGUCCUGUGGGGCCUCGUGCAAGACUUCGUCAUGGGUCAUCAGGAAGGCCCUGCUGACCAAGUAGCUGCAGAUGUGAAAUCUGGAAGCUAUACAGUAUUACAAGUGGUGGAAGCCCUUGGGUCUUCUCUAGAGAAUCCAGAACCCCGAACUCGGGCACGAGGAAUCCAGCUUUUGUCACAGGUGCUACUUCAGUGUCACUCCUUGCUCCUGGAGAAGGAAGUGGUACAUCUGAUCCUCUUCUAUGAGAACCGGCUGAAGGACCAUCAUCUUGUGAUCCCAUCUGUCCUACAAGGUUUGAGGGCACUUAGCCUGUGUGUGGCCUUGCCCCCAGGGCUGGCUGUCUCCGUGCUUAAAGCCAUCUUCCAGGAGGUCCAUGUACAGUCCCUGCCACAGGUGGACCGACACACAGUCUACAGUAUCAUCACCAACUUCAUGCGAACCCGGGAAGAAGAGCUGAAGGGCCUAGGAGCUGACUUCACCUUUGGCUUCAUCCAGGUGAUGGAUGGGGAAAAGGAUCCCCGUAAUCUUCUGGUGGCCUUCCGCAUCGUCCAUGACCUCAUCUCCAGGGACUAUAGCUUGGGGCCCUUUGUGGAGGAGUUGUUUGAAGUGACAUCCUGCUACUUCCCUAUUGAUUUUACCCCUCCACCUAAUGAUCCCCAUGGUAUCCAGAGAGAAGAUCUCAUCCUGAGUCUUCGAGCUGUGCUGGCUUCUACACCCCGAUUUGCUGAGUUCCUGCUGCCCCUGCUGAUUGAGAAAGUGGACUCCGAGAUUCUGAGUGCCAAGCUGGAUUCUUUGCAGACUCUGAAUGCUUGCUGUGCUGUAUAUGGACAGAAAGAACUAAAGGACUUCCUCCCCAGCCUUUGGGCUUCUAUCCGCAGAGAGGUGUUCCAGACGGCAAGUGAGCGGGUAGAGGCCGAGGGCCUGGCCGCCCUUAACUCCCUGACUGCGUGUUUGUCUCGCUCUGUGCUGAGGGCUGAUGCUGAGGACCUCCUUGACUCCUUCCUUAGCAACAUUCUACAGGACUGCAGGCACCAUCUGUGUGAACCGGAUAUGAAACUGGUGUGGCCUAGUGCCAAACUGUUGCAGGCGGCCGCAGGUGCGUCUGCCCGGGCCUGUGACCACAUCACCAGCAAUGUGCUGCCUCUACUGCUGGAACAGUUCCACAAGCACAUUCAGAGCAACCAGCGGCGGACAAUCCUUGAAAUGAUCCUGGGUUUCUUGAAGCUGCAACAGAAAUGGAGCUAUGAAGACAGGGAUGAAAGGCCUCUGAGUGGCUUCAAGGACCAGCUGUGCUCACUGGUGUUCAUGGCCCUGACAAACCCCAGCACCCAGCUUCAGCUUGUUGGCAUCCGUACACUCACAGUCUUGGGUGCCCAGCCAGAUCUCCUGUCUCCUGGGGACUUGGAGCUGGCAGUGGGUCACCUAUACAGACUGAGCUUCCUGGAGGAGGAUUCCCUGAGUUGCAGGGUGGCAGCACUGGAAGCAUCAGGAAUCCUGGCCACUCUUUACCCUGUGGCCUUCAGCAGCCACUUAGUGCCCAAGCUUGCUGAGGAGCUGUGUAUAGAGGAGUCAGAUUUGGCUAGAGGGGAUGGGCCCACUAAAUGCUCCCGGCAUCUGCGCUGCCUGCAAGCCUUGUCAGCUAUAUCAACACAUCCCAGCAUUGUCAAGGAGACCCUGCCUCUUCUGCUGCAGCACCUCUGCCAUAUGAACAAAGGGAAUACGGUUGCAGGAACCAGUGAAGUUAUUGCUGUCUGUCAGAGCCUGCAGCAGGUGGCAGAGAAAUGCCAGCGAGACCCCGAGAGCUGCUGGUAUUUCCACCAGACAGCUAUACCUUGCCUGCUUGCCUUGGCCGUGCAGGCUUCCAUGCCAGAGAAGGAGCACUCAGUUCUGAAAAAAGUGCUGUUGGAGGAUGAGGUCUUGGCCGCCAUGGUGUCUGUCAUUGGCACUGCCACCACCCACUUGAGCCCUGACUUAGCUGCCCAGAGUGUCGCCCACAUUGUGCCCCUCUUCUUGGAUGGCAACAUCUCCUUCCUCCCUGAAAACAGCUUCCCUGGAAGAUUCCAGCCAUUCCAGGAUGGCUCCUCAGGGCAGAGGCGGCUGGUUGCACUGCUUAUGGCCUUUGUCUGCUCCCUGCCUCGAACUGUUGAAAUCCCUCAGCUGAACCAACUCAUGCGAGAACUUUUAGAGCUGAGCUGCUGCCACAGCUGCCCCUUCUCCUCCACCGCUGCUGCCAAGUGCUUUGCAGGCCUCCUCAACAAGCACCCUGCAGGGCAACAGCUGGAUGAAUUCCUACAGCUGGCUGUGGACAAAGUGGAGGCUGGGCUGAGCUCUGGGCCCUGUCGUAGCCAGGCCUUUACACUGCUUCUCUGGGUCACAAAGGCCCUAGUGCUCAGAUACCAUCCACUCAGUUCUUGCCUUACAGACCGGCUCAUGGGCCUCCUGAGUGAUCCAGAACUAGGCCCAGCAGCAGCCGAUGGCUUCUCUCUGCUCAUGUCUGACUGCACUGACGUGCUGACUCGUGCUGGCCACGCCGAAGUGCGGAUCAUGUUCCGCCAGCGGUUCUUCACGGAUAACGUGCCCGCUUUGGUCCGGGGCUUCCAUGCUGCUCCCCAAGAUGUGAAGCCAAAUUAUCUGAAGGGUCUGUCUCAUGUACUCAACAAGCUGCCACUCUCCACCCUCAGCUGCCUUCAGCCUCUUCUGCUGGAAGCACCCCAGGUCAUGAGUCUUCACAUCGACACCCUCGUCACCAAGUUCCUGAACCUCAGCUCCAGCCCUUCCAUGGCUGUCCGGAUCGCUGCACUGCAGUGUAUGCACGCUCUGACCCGCCUGCCCACCCCUGUGCUGCUGCCGUAUAAACCGCAGGUGAUCCGGGCCUUAGCCAGACCUCUGGAUGACAAGAAGAGACUGGUGCGUAAGGAAGCAGUAUCAGCCAGGGGAGAAUGGUUUCUGCUGGGGAGCCCAGGCAGCUGAACGAGGGUUCAUCCUGGCCUAGACUGUUCUAACAGACAUCUAACCUGAAAUUACUAACUAUUGAGCCAUCUUGCCCAAGGCAGGGAGGCCACUGGCCUCUGAUUGCCUUUCCCAGAGACACAGAACAAAUGUUGGGCCUCUGUCGCAUGGCUGUACAAGAAACAUAGGAACCCUGAUUUCUAAAGGAUUUGUGAAGUAACUGAGUAUGAGACCGUUUGUGUUUGAAGAAUGAUCUUGGUCUUGGAGCUCUUCCAUUUAUAUGUCAGAGAAAGGGGGAUAUGCUGCUGGGAGUGAAUGCAGAUGAGUGUGGCCCUGAGGACCAGGGAUGGUGGGUGUGUGUGUACCUACUGGAGAAUAAAGAUUUCUUUUGCUAA